AUGAUCGGUCGAGCAGCUAAACGUGCACAAGUCGAUGACAGCGGAGCGGAAGAAGUGGAAAAACAUGAUGGGGGGUUUGUUACACCCAUGCAAAUGUUCGCCACCUUUCCUCAUAAUAUAACAUUUGAGGAAACGCGUGAAUUAAAACUUCUUGCCACGCCUGCAUCAAGCCCCGAUUCAAACAUGUAUACUUUUAUUCACAAUCGGCAAGAAUAUGGCGUCAUGCGAUUAGAAGAUGCCACCAUAUCGGCAGAUUUGCGGGUUGUGACCAAUGCCGGUGGGGUUCCUGCCAACACACGUAGAGUAGCACCCAUGACACGACCUUUAGCAUUUGGUUGGAAAACGAAAGAAAUAUAUGUAAACAACGAUCUGGUGAAUACCACCACGACACAUGAAUCAGAAAUUUGCUAUAUCAAUGCGUUUUUGACGCAAACACCCGAGAGCCGGAAUGAUAAACGCGAUUUGUGUAUGGGGUGGUAUGAUACUGCUGGUCAAUUUGACAGCACCGUGGGUUUUCAGGAUGGGAAUAACGUUGUCAACGCUGGAGGUCGUAAAAGAUCGAAUCCAAUAAAUGGGGGGGAGAGAUUUAAAUGUUAUGACACAUUGGAUUUGUUAGGUCAUAAUAAACGAUUUUGCACCACGUCUUUCGACGUUAAAGUGGAAUUAACGAGAUUGGAAAAAUCAAAAUUUUUCAAUGGUGUCGAUGCGCAUGUUACAGCACUUAAGAUGCAGUAUCAUGAUUUAACAUUGACAAUUCCCAUGAUGAAACCCGUUGCUCAAUUAUCUGCUGCAAUUAAUGAGUUGAUGAUUCAGAGUUCGGAAGAAUGUAAAUUUUACACCACGACCUAUCGUUAUGUGGGUAAACCCUUGGCUGUUGGAGCUCAGAAUAUUCAGGUGAAUGAUAUUUUCAAUGGUGGGCGACCUACCCGAUUUAUUUGUUUCCAGAAAACCCAGGCACGGUACAACGGGCACAACGAGUUAAAUUUUCACAGCAUGCCAUUUCCUGGCAUCAAUCAUUUUCAAGUGAAAAUCAACGAAGCUAACAUCCCCCCGUUAAUUACCAAUUCGAAAGAAGCGUAUUUAAAUCUGACCCGUGUUCUAGAUAAACGUCACAGUCAACUGCCUGUGACAUUUUCUGAGUAUGAAUCUGAUUAUGGUAUCAUCGUGGUUGAUUUAACAACUAAUCGCGAUAGUUACAACAAGGUUCUACCCAAUUCAACGGCCGGUGUAGUGAGUGUUGAUAUAAAAUAUGCUGCAGCAUUACAAGCUGCACAACAAUUGGUUUUUAUCGGAGAGUUUAGAAAUCAAUUGUCCAUCGGCUAUAAGACGGCUGCACGUAAUAAAUUUGAAUUUUAA